AUGACGGUUGCAAGUUUUUGCAACAAAACAAUCACCAGCUGCAUCGGAGGAAUUAGCGAAAGCGUGUUUCAAGAGUUGGAGCUGGCUGCAAAGCAAGGAUUAGUGAAUCGCCUGCAAGCUUUACUGACCGAGAACUGUCCGUCCCCGAAAGAGUUGGCACGUCGUAAUUUACUGCACACAGCAGCCUGGUAUGGAAGUUACAAUUGCGUCUUGCUGUUGCUCAAUUACGGAGUUGAUCCGGACAGUCCCCACACGGAAAACGGUUGUACAGCACUCCAUCUUGCUUGCUAUCGUACCUUUGGGGAGGGAUGUUGUGAUAAAAUAGUGCACUCUUUACUGCAUGCUGGGGCUGAUGUGAACAACAUGGGUAGUUUAAAAUGUUCUAGACUGUCCAUUGAACAUGCCAUACAAAAUCAGAAAAUCAGGAAUAUUUGUGCCCUCCCUAACAAUUCACAACACAGGAAGAUGAAAGCAAGUACUUUCACAGAAAAUAUCACUAUGGCAAGUUCAGUGAAGAACACUGGUUGUUUGGUGCAAUCGAACGGGGAUCAGGUCAGUUUAAAAUCUGUGCUGAUGUCAAUUGAUGUUGGGAAUUGUCAAGUUACUGAUAUGUUGUUAGUGCACGGUGGGGAUUGUGGCCCUAAAUUGAAGGUUAUUGAGUUUUGGGGAGAGCCUUUGCAAAGGCUGAUAAACUCAACAAAGCGAGUCUUCUACAUUCGUGAGAGAUUCUACACGACUUUUAAACUUCUUGUAAAGGCAUCUGUAACUUUUCCAUGCGAAGACUUGCACAGGAAUUUUCACACUAAAUGGUCGAAUGAUAUGUACAAUAAAAACAAGAAAAAGGUAAAAGAAAGUGAUGAUUGCAUCAGUAACAAUAACCAUGUGGGAACCUCACCAGAGCAGCAAACUGAAACACGAACUCGUAACUUUUACAUGAAACGACGACAAAAAAUUGAAGAGGAACUUUUCAGACUAUACUCUCGACAAGCCUUCAAGAAAUGGGCAAUCUAUCUCUCAAUUGCUAUGCUUAAAAACGGUUUUCAAUUCUCAAGUAGCUACGCGCGAGUUCUAGAGAAAUCCACAGCACAAACGCAGGCCAUAGACAAAUAUCAGUCUGAUGUUGUCCCUUUGUUGGAUCUAUGUUUGGUCGUCGUUAGGUCCACGAUGGCGGUCAAAAAUGGAAAUGUGUAUGGGGGGCUGAAAAAUUUCAAUGUAGCUCCGGCAAUCAAAAGACUCAUAGCUUUGGAUGAUUAUGAUGACGAUGUGAAGACUGGUGACUGGUGCUUUAAUGAGUGA